UCACUCUCCCCUUCUCCUGUACACACACAUACAAUUUUUUCUUUAGAAAGAGCGACUCCCAUAGUAGCUAUUAGGACCAAACUGCAAUUUUUGUAAAAAUUUCAAAUGACUACAUACCAUGAUAGCAUACCCAAUGGAGCCUCGUUUACCUACUACAACCGGUAUCUUCGCUAGUGCACAAUAGACCAGAGUUUAACCAAUCCAUGGUAGAGUCCACCUGAAUAGACCAACAUGAGUCAUUUUGAAGCCAAAAUCUGGCGGGCUUCUAAAGCCAAACCAACACACACAAUCCUCGAACCGUAAAACAAUGAGAAAUGAAGGUUUGGUUUUCGAACGAAGACCUCAUAAAGCUGAACCACUUGGUCGCAUCCCUCACUCGCGCACACCAACACACCCAAUCCCUCAAACUCUUCGUCCACGCCCACGCCUCCCUCUUUCUCCGUCCCGACCACUACACCCUCUCCGCCGCCGUCACCGCCGCCGCCAACGCGCGCCGGGCCGCCUUCGGGGCCCAGCUCCACGGCCACGCCGUGCGAACCGGGCUCCGGGCCCACUCCCACGUGGCCAACUCCCUGGUCUCGCUCUACGCCAAGGCCGGCGACCUCCGGUCCGUCAAACGCGCUUUUGCGGAAAUCAGUUGCCCCGACGCGUACUCGUGGACCACGCUGCUUUCCGCUUGCGCCAAACUGGACCACGUUGGCCACGCGCUUCAGCUGUUCGAGGAAAUUCCCAAGCGACACGUGGCGGUCUGGAACGCCAUCAUCACGGGGUGCGCGGAGAAUGGCCAUGGAGAUGAAGCUUUUGCUUUUGACUUGUUCAGGGACAUGCACAAAAUGGGUGUUAAGGCUGAUAAAUACACUUUUGCCACAAUGUUGAGUUUGUGCUCUUUGGAGCUUUUGGAUUAUGGAAGGCACGUGCAUUCGGUGGUUAUAAAAAGUGGGUUUUUGGGUUGGACUUCUGUGGUUAAUUCUUUGAUCACCAUGUAUUUUAAGUGUGGGUGUGUUGUGGAUGCUUGUGAGGUGUUUGAGGAAGCAGAAGAAGGUAGCACGUGCGAUCAUGUUACCUAUAAUGCAAUGAUAGAUGGUUUUGUAAGUGUGGAGAGAAGUGAGGAUGCGUUUUUGAUGUUCAGAGACAUGCAAAACGGUGGUUUUGGUCCAACGGAGGUUACCUUUGUGAGUGUCAUGAGUUCUUGUUCGUGUUUAAGAGCUGGUUGUCAAGCACAGGCACAAGCUAUCAAGAUGGGUUUUGUUGGUUGUGUUGCUGUGAACAAUGCAAUGAUGACUAUGUAUUCUGGGUUUGGGGUUAAUGAGGUUCGAGAUAUUUUUGAGGGAAUGGAAGAAAGGGAUGUUGUUUCAUGGAACAUAAUGGUUUCUACAUUUUUGCAAGAGGAUCUUGAGGAAGAAGCAAUAUUGAGUUAUUUGAAAAUGAGGCGGGAAGGAAUUGAACCGGAUGAGUUUACUUAUGGAAGUUUGCUGGUUGCUUCAGAUUCUUUGCAAGUUGUGGAGAUGAUCCACUCCCUUCUGUGCAAAAGUGGGUUUGGGAAAAUUGAAGUUUUGAAUGCAUUAGUUUCUGCAUACUGCAGACAUGGGAAGAUAAAACGUGCAUUUCAAAUCUUCUCUGGUGUUCCCUAUAAAAAUUUGAUAUCUUGGAACAGUAUCAUAUCUGGGUUUUUGAUGAAUGGAUGCCUGUUGCAAGGGUUAGAGCAAUUCUCUGCAUUAAUUAGUACGCAUGUCAAGCCAAAUGCCUAUUCCCUCAGCCUUGUUUUGACCAUUUGUUCUAGCAUGUCAGCCAUGAGUCAUGGGAGACAGGUUCAUGGUUUCAUUCUGAGACAUGGUUUUUCUUCAGAAGUUUCUUUGGGAAAUGCCCUGGUCACAAUGUAUGCCAAAUGUGGAUCUUUAGACAGGGCUUUAAGAGUAUUUGAUGCAAUGAUGGAAAGGGAUACAAUCUCUUGGAAUGCUAUAAUAUCUGCUUAUGCACAACAUGGACAGGGCGAAGAAGCCGUGUGCUGUUUUGAGGCAAUGCAAACCACACCUGGAAUCAAACCAGACCAGGCUACCUUUACUGCAGUUCUUUCUGCUUGCAGUCAUGCAGGUUUGGUUGAUGAUGGUGCCCGUAUUUUUUAUACGAUGGUGAAAGUUUAUGAAUUUGUGCCAAGUGUGGAUCAUUUUUCUUGCAUAGUUGAUCUGCUGGGUCGCAGUGGAUACCUUGAUGAGGCAGAGAGAGUAAUUAAAGGUGGAUACUUUGGAGCACAUUCCAAUAUAUGUUGGUCAUUGUUCAGUGCUUGUGCUGCUCAUGGUAAUUUAAGCCUAGGAAGAACAGUUGCUAGACUUCUCUUAGAAAGAGACCAUAACAACCCAUCAGUUUAUGUGCUUUUAUCAAAUAUAUGUGCGGCAGCAGGUCAAUGGGAAGAAGCAGCUAAGCUGAGGGAUAUGAUGAGAGAAUUUGGGACAACAAAGCAGCGUGGUUGCAGUUGGAUCAGAACCUAAAGACUUCCAAGAUAAAAGUGCUUGUAAAUGUAUAAGCAUGAGCCUAUUGUGAUGGAGGUUCUACAGAGAGUUCAAUUUUGAAUAGACUCUGCCAUACAGCCAUAGAGUAUGAUGUGAUAUGCAAGAUAUUCAAAGUGGAAUUCCUAUUCUUGCCGAAAAUUGGUUUAGUAUCUGGGCAUAUAAUUUCCGAUGUUUAUCUUCACUUGCUGAAGGUUAAAUUAAAGUGGCCAAAAGUGGGUCUUUUCUACUUGAAGGUAAUGCUUGGAGGAGCUGAAAGCAAGAUGAGUUUGAAGCAGUGGUUUUCAAACAUCUGGGAGAGCGAGCAAUGGAACAUACCAAGGGAUUUUGGGCUUCAUUGUUGAACUUCAGCUGCUUACCACCUUCCUUCAUCUGUCUAUGGCUUCGAGGCAACAUCAAAGGUAAAUGUCAAUGACUAUGUAUGAGUGCAUUCUUCUGUGUUAUUUCGGCUUCUUGGUUGUAUAUAUUUUUUGGGAAAUACACCAUGAAUACAAAAGAUGGUAUUUCUUGAUGAUUACUUUACAAAAUAGUGAAAUACAUCACUGUGAUGGACGGAUGCAUACAUUUUUCUUAAUUACAAGUUAUUUUCAACAAUAAUGCAUUCUUCUGUACAAAGGUGGAAGGAAGGAAAAUUUUGAAUUUUUGUUUCGUAAAGUCAACUUUCCUCUAUAUUUUCCUUUCACCCCAAUCAAACAUAUCAUUAAUGUGUUAUGAAGUGCUUUCGUUGGCUUCCAGCCCCUCGAGUUCUUGCUCAAUGCUUUAAAUUUGUAUUUGUUUUCUCAUGUCUCAUGUUGAUUUCCCUAACUGACAGAUAUAAAUAAUUAAGGCCUUAGCUAAAACUUAUUGUAUGCACGUGUAGUGUUGGUGUUGUUGAUUUCAGGGCCAAUGAUUGACUUUGUUAGAGUAGGUGGAGCAGUCUAUGGAUUUCUCUCACCACUGAUUGAUACUCUUAAGACAAGGAGGAAGCUGUUGUGCUUUACAUUUUAGUCUCUACACUAACAUUAUUUUACAUUUUAAUCCAUACAAUUACACAACAUUUAUCUCUUAGUCCAUAUAUUUAGAAAUUACUUGUUUUAGUCCCAAUAUGAGUAAAUUGUUUUAUG